AUUAAAGUUCACUUCUAUUCGGCAAUUGAAUUAGAUUAUUAGGAAAUACCGAUAAUGAAGAGUGUCGUGAUGUUGAUUGGAUUUUUUGGGUCCGGUGGAGAGGGCGGGCGUUACGGGAAUUUUGCGACGGACGCCAUUUGGUGAUUCGAAGGUGAAACUCUUGGAUAAUAAAAUCGGUUCGACGUCUGCGGGAGUCGUUACGUGGACAGAAUUCAAUUCAGUGGACAAAUUGAUGCCGAGUGAAAGCCAAAGGCCAUCUAGGGAGAACCGCGUCAGAGUUCGAGCACUUUUUGAUUUCACGGCUGCCCUUGAUCGAUACAUUCCGUGUAAGGAAGCCGGGCUCGAUUUUCGAAGAGGAGACAUUAUUCAUAUCGUUAGUCAGGACGAUCCUUACUGGUGGCAAGCGAGGCAUGAAGGCGAUAAACAGAUGCGCGCUGGAUUAAUUCCUAGCCGCAUGCUGCAGGAGAAGCGCAUCGCUUAUGAGAGGGCUCACUCGGCUAACAAUAACAGCGAUCAACAAGAAAUAGGUUGCAGUCGAGCACGUUCAAUUGGCUCUUUCAAAAGCGAAAAGAGCAGCCCCACUCAAAAAGUCAUGUACGCUCUGGCAGAGAAUGAAGAUUUCGAUCGGCAAGAAAUUGUCACUUACGAAGAAGUGGCCCGUCUGAUGCCCUACCCAGCUGUUCCUCGGCCGAUUGUCCUCAUCGGCCCGCCGGGUGUUGGACGCAACGAGCUAAAACGGCGUCUCAUCGCACUUGACCCCGACAAGUUUAGAACCACCAUCCCAUAUACUUCACGAUUGCCGAAACCGGGCGAAGCGGACGGAGUCGACUAUCAUUUCCUCGAUCGACAGCAGAUGGAACGCGAUAUCGACGAUGGCCUUUUUGUAGAAUUCGGUGAAUACAAGGGGAACUUGUACGGGACGGCCAAUCGAAGUAUCAAGGAAAUUAUCGAACUCGGUUACACUUGCAUCCUGAAUCCGCAUCAUCAGGCAUUGAAAACAUUGAGGACUGGCGAAUUCAAGCCGCACGUUGUCUACAUCAAACCGCCGGGAUUCAACGUUUUGCGUGAAACACGUUCAGCUGCUUACGCUCGGUCGACGUUCGAUGAGAAUUCUUCACGUGGUUUCACCGACGACGAACUCGCCGAAAUGAUCCGCAGCGGCCAGCGGAUCGAACUUCAUUACGGCCACCUCUUUGACGACGUUAUCGUCAAUGGCGACCUGUCGACGGCCUUUGAGCAGUUGCUCGUCGUCGCUCGUAAACUGGACACCCAAGCCCAAUGGGUUCCCGUUUCUUGGGUCGUCUGACCUCCUCGACUUCUCUCUUUCUCCCUCUCUCUCUUUUUCUUAAUCUCUUUGAUUCAUUAGGCAUUCCCUAAAUCUAAAUCUUAAAUCUUAAAAAAAGAAAAAAGAAAAAAGACAAAGACAUUCGUAACAUUUUGCCAAGGAAGAAUUUAAAUACUCUCGCGAGUCGGGAUAGGUCUGUUAGUUAAUUUUAUAUACAAAUAAUUGUUAACCCUGCCAUUUCCCCGUCCUUUAAUUGUUUAUUUUAUUAUUUAUUCGAGCCCAAAGUUUUCAGAAAGCUCUGCCAUAUUAUCCGCCCUCCUCCAAGUUUUGAUUCCGUGCAGCUGAAACUCAAGUAUAACAAGAUAAUUCACACAAGUUCUAGUCGCCGUUGUCUCUCUUUGACUCCCAUUUUUUUGUUGCCCGACUCUGCAUUUUUCCUUCAGAUUUCUGAAUAUGUGUGUCUAACUCUCGAGCCAUCCCUUAUAUUUUAGAAAUCUCAUUUCAACUAGAAAUCAAUAUUAUUUCAUUUCAGUUAUUUAUAGUUUAAAAAACAGAAUUGUUUGUGAAGUUUCCCUUGUGGUCAGUAUGAAAUCCCAGUAUGAAACCAAAUUAACCCAAACAAGAAAAUCAAUUCCAUGUCCCCCUUUUUCUCACAUUAUUCUAUAGCUGCGCCCCUCUUUCAUUCUAUUAUGACUGCCCCCUGUCAUCUGUAUCAUUUGCGCCAUUACCCAUUUAAUGUAUAGGAGAUUGUCAGA